AAGGUCACUGAUCCCAGACCUUCUUGAGAAAGGAACUAUUUGCUAUCAGUGCUUGCAUCUCUAGAUAACGUCUCGCUUGUCCUGAGUGCAUUCAUGCACAUGAAGCAACACUUCACAGAUGAGCGCCUAACUUCCUCGGUGCUCUUUCAGUCUUUCCCGUCUUCUCACUUUCACUCUCCUGUCAUGUGGCCAUCGUCCCUCACUAAACGACUGCUGUUUGCUGUGGCGUAAUGCUCAGUCAUUUCAGAUGUGCCAUCACAAACCCUCUGUCAAGCAUAUUAUUGUGGUUUCAGAUGGAGAAGGCGAAGCAGAGGAGGGAGAAGAGGAGGAAGCAAAGCCAAAAUUCAAGCCAUUCAUCAUGCCAAACCUUAUUCCCCCUAAGAUCCCAGACGGCGAGAGGGUGGAUUUUGAUGAUAUACAUCGCAAGAGAAUGGAGAAGGACCUGAUGGAGCUUCAAACUCUAAUCGAGGUUCACUUCGAAAGCAGAAAGAAGGAAGAAGAAGAGCUCAUUCAUCUCAAAGAAAGGAUUGAGACGCGUCGCUCUGAGCGAGCAGAGCAGCACAGGAUUCGCAGCGAGCGAGAUAAAGAGCGACAGAAGCGUCUGGAGGAUGAGAGGAUUCGCAAGGAGGAGGAGGAGGCCAAAAAGAGGGCAGAGGAUGAUGCAAAGAAAAAGAAAACCCUCACCAGCCUCCACUUUGGAGGUUACAUGCAGAAGCUGACAGACAAACGGAGUGGCAAGAGGCAGACGGAGAGAGAAAAGAAGAAGAAGAUCCUGAAUGAAAGGCGCAAAUCUCUGGACAUCGAGAACAUGAGUCAGGAAAGACUCAAAGAGAAAGCUACGGAGCUGUGGGAGUGGAUCCAGCAGCUGGAGGCAGAGAAGUUUGAUCUGCAGUACCAAUUCACCAGACAGAAAUACGAGAUUAAUGUGCUGAGGAACCGCGUGAGCGACCAUCAGAAAACGUCAAAGAGGACCAAGAGAGGACUGAGGAAAUAGAUGAUGCACUGAGUGACAAGUAUUAUCAUCCGCCCUGUCAUGCAGCCACGGCCUCAAACCAAGCCCUGGCUUUACGGUCACACCCAAGUCACACUUAUCUUCUGACUGUUGCCUUAAGCACAACUUGGGUCCAGUUUUCCAGCCUUCUCUACUUUUUCAGGAUAAUGGGGAUUUAAAAGUGUAAAUAAACAGUCUCACUUUAA